CAAAGAAAUUUCUUUAAUGAUUUCUGGACCCUCUCUUUUUUAAACUCGAUCACAAUUUUAUCAUAUUUAAGUGAUAAAUCGUUGAUAAAUUUCGUUUUUCUGAGAAAUUUGUCUGGCAGAGUGAGUACAAACAUUUUUGUUCCCAAACAAAGGAUUAUUCUUCGUCAGUAUAUUAAACAAGGAACUCUCUUCAAAAAUGGAUCUUAGUUACAUUCUUGCCUCAAUUGCUUUUGUUCUAUUUCUCCUACACUUCUAUCUAUCAUGGCGGUACAAUUAUUUCCAAAAGAGAGGAAUACCAACAGUAAAGGGAAUUAUUCCAGGAUUAGGACACAUUCUACCAGUGAUUACUGCACAAAAAAAUAUAGGAUCAUUGUGCGAAAAGUUCUACAACGAAACAAAAGAGCAUAGCAUGUGCGGAUUCUAUCAAUUCUGUACGCCAAUACUUUUAAUUCAUGAGCCGGAAAUUGUGAAAAGUGUUCUUCAAACGAAUUUCGCCUCAUUUGGUGAAAAUCCUUUUGAACUCAAUUGUCCCGAAAAGGAUGAACUUUUUAGUUUAAAUCCAUUCUUUGUGAAAGGUGAAAAGUGGAAGAAGGCACGAGCACCACUGACGAACAGUUUUUCGAGUAUGAAACUAAAACUAAUGUUGACGCUGUUUCAAAAAGUUGGUUCCAAAAUGGGUAAAUAUUUGCAUGACCAGUGCGGAGUUGAAAAGGAAAAAGAACUGAAUCUAAAGGUGCUGUGCAACAAAUUCACUGGCGAAGUCUCAUCCACUGGAAUGGGCAUUGAGGCUCAUAAUUUUCAGGAGGAACUACAGGGUGAGAUGAAGUACAACGAGAUACUAGGGAAAAUUUUCGAAAAUCCAUCAUUCGUUAGUGGAUUUCAACAGAUGAUUAUGUUUUUCACUCCCUCAUUGGCGAAAUUUAUGAAAAUUUCCAUUACACCGAAAGAAGUUGAUCAGUAUUUUCGACAAAUUGCAAAGACGAUCAUUAACAGUAGAAAGAAGGAGAAUCAAACUUACGACGAUUUUGUUCAGUUCGUUAUGGAUUAUCAAAGAACACAGGAUAGUACAAUAAACGAAGAAACACUCGCAGCAGCACAUAUGUUAUCGUUCGCUGUCGAUGUUUACGAAACAACAGCACAAACGUUGAGUUUUCUAAUUAUGGAUUUAGCCAGACGUCCAAAAAUCCAAACCAAAGUGCGCGAAGAAAUUAACAGAUUACUCGAAAAGUACAACGGUAAAAUGACCUACGAUGCUCUUAAGGAGAUGACUUACUUUGAAAAAGUCCUCAAUGAAUCGCAAAGACUGAAUCAUAUUUUUGGUGUGUUCUUCAAAGUUUGCACCAAACGGACAAAACUUGAGGGAAGUGAUGGUUUGUCCUACGUUGUUGAACCUGGACAAACGGUGGCUGUUUCCGCCUAUGGACUACAAAUGGAUCCGAAAUAUUGGAAUGAACCGGAAAAAUUUGAUCCUGAGAGAUUCAAUGACGAGGAGAAGAAUAGUAGACACAAGUUUACUUUUCUUCCGUUUGGUGAAGGACCGCGAGUGUGUGUUGGUAUGAGGAUGGCUGUAAUUUUAAUGAAACUUGCAGUUUCUGCUAUUUUAAAGGACUUUUCGAUUGAACCUGCAUCUAAAAUGAUUAUUCCACUGAAAAGAGAUGAAUCGAAUUUCCUUAAUACUCCAGUCGGUGGAUUUUGGGUGAAAAUCAAAUCCUUAUAAAAUUCUGGACUUUGUAAUAAAUAUUAAAAUUUAUCACUCGGUCGUCUUAGUUAAAAUAUAAAACAUUAAGUUAUAAGCAAUCUGAAGGUAAACUUAACUCGGAGUGAUUGUUCAACUCAGUGUUUUGUAUAUUUUAAUCCGAACUUUGUAAUUUUUGCAAAAAAUGUUCUCAUCUAUUGCAAAAUAUUGUCUAAAAUAUAGAACACGACGCGAAAAUAAAUAUUUAACUAAACUUUUAAAUUUA